UCGGAGACGAAGGGCGGAGCUUACCACCACGCGAGCACUUGGAAUCCAUUCGUCGCGAGACCCACAUCUCCGCUCCGUAAUUUUCCUUUUUUGCUUGGCUUCACCAGCACUUACAGUUUUUCGUGCGUACUUAAACUAAUCUAAAUUGUGUGUGUAAAUUGUGUGUUUGUGUAUCCCGAAUUGUGUGAGCCCACGACGGCAUCUCCUUUCUGGAUUGUACCUUUUUGUGUGUUGAGACGCGUGGUCUGGCAGCCAUUGUGUCUCGUCUCGUCUCGUUUUUUCCUGUUCGUGCCGUGUGUUUCAUGUCCAGUGGAAGGCAACCAGUGGACACGUUGAAAUAUACAUCGGUUUAAUCUUCUGACGUUUGUUCGUGUCCUUUUCCGUCCCGUAACCGGCGUGGUGUGGCAACAUUUGGUGCAUCGACCGGGAAACCGAAUCCCGGCACGGCGGCCAUUACCACGCGGUCGGCGUUUCAUCUGGCCAUCGAAGGAGAGCUGCCGAUAUCAACAGCCAUCUCAUCCCGCUGCCCAGCCGUCGCCGACAUCGAAAGUCCCGCGUGGCAGAAAAUUCCGUUGCAGUUGCUGAUUCUUCCGGCCCUGGAAGAAACUGGCCAGCUGGCAGUUUACGUCGCAGUCGUCCAGAUCUUCAACCCGAAGAAAGCAACAUUUACAAUUAUUAUAUUUCAUUUCUUUUUCGUCCGUUUGUCCUGUUCAAUAUAAUAAUUGCUGUGUGUCGUGUGACGAGAGUUCAUUGGUCGAUCUCGUCAGAUCGUCCGUGGAUCUUCCCCCCGUUGUUUGAACUCAUUGGUCGAUCUCGCCAGAUCGUCCGUGUUUUCUCCUUUUCUCUCCCGCCCGAUUGCGUUGGUCGGUUCCGCCGAACCGUCCGCAAAAUCCUGUUUCACUCCGUCGUCUUUCGUCAACGCCGUUCCAGUCAGCUGUCAGUGUCCAGGCUAUCCAGCCCGUCAUCCGUUUCCGUCUGCUGUUUCUACACUCCAGUUGUUCCAGCAUCACAGUUUGUCCGGCUUCAUUGCCCGUCAGCUGACCCUUUACCCCGCUCAGUUUGUCCGGCUCGUUGGCCCGCGUCAACUGAUUAAUUUUCCGUCCAGCUUGUCCGCCUUUCGGGCAGUGCCAGCUCGUUUCAUUUGCUUGUUUGUCCGGCCGUUGGCUCGCGUCAGCUGCCUUUCCCGCCCAGCCUGUCCGGCUUUCCGCUGGUCAACUGGAUUUCUUUCUUUUCGUUAGUCGUCCUUUACUGUCAGCCAGGCUAAUCAUCCGCCUUGGUCGGCAUCGUCCAGCUGUAUAGACGUCUCGUUUAUCUCACGUGCCCAGCUCUUCAGCUCCACCAUUCCGCGUAAAUUCAACAGCGACGAGAAGAAGAAGAAGGACAAUCUUACCAAAGGCAAAAAGAAGAAUACCAAAACACUUCUGGCGGCCAGAGAAGCGGCUAUUGCAUAUUUCGCGCGCGUCGACGCCGCCGCUGCCGACGAAGCCGCCGCCAUCGAAGCGGCUGCCGCCGAAGCCGCCGCCAUUGAAGUCGUCGACGUCGACGUUGAAGAACCCGCUGACGACGCUGCCGCUGCUUUGGUAAUAGGCAUUGCCGAUCAACAUUCGAGGCCGCGUCUACCAGAUUUUGUACCUCCGCCAACUUCACGCCGCGUCGUUUACCGUCCUUACGACCGGUGGCCAUCACCAGAGGAGCCACCUACACCACCAGGCGAGCCGGAAUCAGAGGAAGAGGAUUUCAUCCCCAAUCUUUCCGACUGCGAGGUACGAAGUGAGGUGGGCCCUUCUUCCGACGACGAAGCACCUGAGCCGACAUCGCCGCCACCGCCGACACCACCGUCGCCCCCUCGUAGAGUGGUGCAAAUUAGGAACACCAAGACUAAUAAGACGCGUUGCGUCGGCCUGGAUCAACUUUUCCGCCCGGAAUCACAAGACAAGAUCGUCCGUCGCAAAUAAUCCGCCGCUUCAUUUAAUUGUAACCUCAUUGUGAUUUGACUCAUCGUUUGUAUUUCUUCACUCGUCCCGCAUCAAAUAAAUAUCAUCAUGGCUGAAUCUUUAGUUCCGGCUCUCACUUCAAUCGCCGAAGAGGAGGAAGCAGUGUCUGAUCAUGAUGCGAUCACCGAUCCCGCUCGUCUCAAAAGAUUCAGGACCACCUCCAAGAUGGUCCAUACGAAUUCGGGAAAGAAUCUCUUGAAAUCAGUUAGAGUCGGCGAAGAUCGGGACACCGUCCGAGCUUAUCGUGUCAUCUACGUCCGUGAUUUUGACAGCCUGGAGCAGCAUCACGAUCGCUACGUUCGGUGUAACGCUCAAAACUGCUCGCAGGAUGAUCUCGAUGGAGAAAGAGAUUGGAUCCAAGCCGUCAUCUUCGACCACCAGGCAAGUCUGGCUGUUUGUGACAACUAUUUGGCUCAAACUAAUCCCAAACCACCCUCCACGGUUUCAAGAGCCUCAUCACGGCAUUCCAGCGUCUCCUCACGUCAAGCUAGAAUUCACGAAGCUGAACGAAAGGAGAGGGAAGCCCAGUUGAAGCUCCAACAAGAGGAAGACGAGACCAGACGCAGAGAAGAAGAAGAUGCGAAAAUCAGGGAAGCGGAAGAUUACAAACGCAAGGUGGAGAGUGAAAGAAGACAACGAGAGAUACGCGACGAGAUAGAUCUACAGCGUUUGAGCGGCGCAAUCAUGCGGCAACAACUGAACGAUAUUACCGUCGACGAGCAAGCAGCAACAACACGCGCUUCAUCUAUCGUGAGCGGUUUAUCGGGAGUUUCAUCACAUCCUUCCAUCCCGAAUAAUUCGACCAUCUUCGCUCAAACUCCAGCCGCGCCUACACAAGCGUCGACCAUGACAAUCACGGCUCCGAUAUCCAGAACCAUGGCCACUCCGCGGACGCAGCCAAGCACCGUCGUGAUUUCAACGGCUGCUCAAACUCAAGCGAUGACCACACCCUUAGUCGGAUCCGUGGCUAGGAUGCCAACACCAACGAGACUCUUCAGCCAACCGGCAGCGACGGUGCCGUCAACACCAAAACCGACCCUUUUCGGCAGAUUACUUCAAGCUAUCACGCCCGGCACGCUUACACGUUCCGCAUCCGUGCCGCAUAUUCCCUUGAAUACAACCGCGUCGAAUGUCAUCGUUACAACCAGUAUAACGAAUCCGAUGUUCUCCACACCGUCGUUUACUAGAGCACAGCCGGUCACGACGAGUCAGCCCAUGUCAACGGCUUCAAACGUCGUUACUCCGCCAACGUCGUUCUUCCAGGCUCCUAUACCGACCGUUCCGCCAACUACGACAUCGGCAAACGCUCCGAUUCCUACGUCGGUAGUUCCUCAAGCGCCUACAUCGACUGUACCAUCGUUCGCCCCACCAACUUCCACAUCAGUUGCCGCUCCGGUCUCUACAUCAUCGGCUUAUCCGUUCACGCCGGUGACUACAGCCACCAUGCACGUCCCGACGACCAGUAAUGCGACGCACGUCCCAGUGUCGGUCCCGUUGUCACCCGUGUCUUCAGCAAGCGCUUCGUCGUGGUUUUCAUCGUGGAGGAACGUUGGUCAACCGAAUUUAUUCGGGCCAAGGCAACCGGCCCAGCCACCGUCUGCUCCGUCGGCCCAGCCACCGUCUGCUCCGUCGGCCCAGCCACCGUCUGCUCCGCCGGCCCAGCCACCCUCUGCUCCGCCGGCCCAGCCACCAUCUGCUCCGCCGGCCCAGCCACCGUCUGCUCCGCCGGCCCAGCCACCGUCCGCUCCGCCGGCCCAGCCACCUUCCGCUCCGCCGGCCCAGCCACCGUCUGCUCCGCCGGUCCAGCCACCGUUUGCUCCGCCAACUCAACCACCGUCUUUCCCGCCAGCGUCUAGUGCCAGCCACGCUUGGCCCCCGAAUCCGCCGCCGACCACCUCAAUUCAGAUGGACACGGUCCCCACGAGUUCGAUUCCGACAAGUGCAACGCAAGUCACCUCCGCACCACCUUACAGCACUAGUCAUGUGCCGGUCAGCUUAGGUCCGUCAUACGGUCCGGGUUUGUCCGCCUACAAUCCGAUUGUGUCUACAGCUCCAUUUGAAAUGGGUUCGAUUUACGGGCCGGCCACCAAGGCUGCACCCCCGACCUCAUCGUCAUAUACGCCAUCAACCAGUCUUGGACACGUCCCGACGUUCUUUCCAAGAGCCUCGGCACCGCCAUUCGUGCCAACCAGCCUGACAUUUGCGUCCGGUUUCCCUGGACCUUCCGCUCCUCCACCGAUAACCGACAACCCGCACGGAGUCUAUACGCCAGACGCCUGGAUCCAUGGCCUCAGUGCUGUUCACGCUCCGCCAGGCCGUUCGAGUAUCAAACCACCGCGGAUGAAGGCGCCGAGCUUUGAUGGAGACCCUCGAAAUUGGCCAAUGUUUAUUCAGAUGUUUAAGGUCUUCGUCCACGAUGCCGUUAGUUCCGACGCGGAACGAAUCGCUCAUCUUCACGACGCCCUUACUCCAUCGAUUAGAAAGGACAUUGGUGGAGCGUUGUUGAACCCCGGUCUCUACCAACACGCUCUCAACGAGCUCCAGAAACGAUAUGGCAAUCCGCAAAUCGUCUCUCAGGCUUGCACCGAAUCAAUCCUGAAACUCCGGCCCUUCAAAGACAACGAUUUUAAUGCCCUCCGCUCCUUCUCCGCGGAUCUUCACUCCGUCGUGGCGACGUUACGGCUUGGAGGGUAUGGAAUGGAGCUUUACAGUCACGCUACUCUCUCGCAGCUGGUCGCCAAGCUCCCACCGGCUCUGAAAAGCCGAUGGGGUGAGAAGAGUUGGGCGAUGCAACCUGCGCUCGCGUCUAUCGAAGACUUGGACCAAUGGCUCGACGGAGUUGCUAUGGCCGAAAAAUCCAUCCGGGCCAGUUCAGUGGAAUCGUCUCAUCAGCGGCCCGUAAAACCGACUGAGGAGAAGCGACGUACGCACAAACCGAAUGUUUUUAACAUUACGUCCACGACUCCCGCAAAAACUGACGCCGAGGAUAAACGCCCGAGAUGCUUAGGGUGCAACAGCACGCACCAGCAUCGGCUAAAGGACUGCAGAAAAUUCAAGGAUUUGCCAGUCGAAAAACGAGCCAAGAUAGUGAAAGAUUCGAAUCUUUGUCUUCGCUGUUUAGGCAGUGGUCAUAUCGGUAAAGAGUGUACAAAGCCUGAGCGCUGUACCAAACCGGAAUGCGAUGGGACUCAUCAUUCGCUACUGCAUGGAGCUCCACGACUUUUUCCAAAAAGGACGGAUCCCAAGCCACCAACUCCAGCGACAUUCUCGGGUUCAAUUGCAUCGAGAUCGUCCGGAAGCCGAAUUUUACUGCCGAUCGUCCCGAUCAUCCUAAAGACAGAUGGGAAGGAGUUCCCGCUCUACGCUCUUCUUGACUCCGGAAGUGAAAUUUCCGUGAUAAAGGGGGAGACGGCGAACCUCCUAAAUCUACAUGGCAGAGUGGAGAGGGUAGCGACGAGAACGGUCAACGGCGAGACGAAAUCUGUCGAUCGAAAGAUCGUCAAUUUCAGUGUUUCUUCGACGGACGGUCGUUUUUCUUUCGACAUCUCAGAUGUUCACGUCAUGGAAACCUUCGAACUGAACAAGCGAUCAAUCAACCUUGCUAGCCUGAGCAAACAGUGGCCUCAUCUCGUUCAUGUUCCAGUUUAUCCGACCACGCAAGAAGAUGUCGCCAUCUUAAUCGGCCACGAUCAUCCAGCAGCCAUCGAAAUCUUCGAGACCCGAAAGGACCCCUUCGACCAACGAGCUCCUCGCGCUUAUCUAACAGCUUUCGGUUGGUGCAUAGGCGGUCCAAGCGGUCGACUCGAUAACGGAGCAAGUAACUGCUAUCACUCCAGCACGGCCGAAAGGGAUUGUGACGUCAUGCUGCAUCAAUUCAUCGAAGCCGAUACAUUCGGGACGAAGCCAAACGUCACAAAACCAAUUGGUGCGGAAGAGAAGCGAGCGUGGGAGAUCCUGAACAGCACUACCAGACACACCGGUGAAAGGUACGAGGUGGGUCUGCUCUGGAAAGCGGAUGAUUCCGUUGUCCCAAACAACUUCUUUUCCACCCAACGGCGAUUUACCAACCUCGAAGGUAAAUUCGCCAAAAACGAGGAACUUGCCGAGACUUACCGGGCCGUCAUCAACACCUACGUCAACCUGAAGCACGCCCGAAAAUUAUCGAAGGAAGAAAUUGACUCUGGUCCAGAUGGGCGAACCUGGUAUUGCUCGCAUCAUCCCGUCUUCAAUCCGAACAAGCCGGGAAAAUGCAGAGUCGUUUUCGACCUGUCCGCCAAGUACAAAGGAGUGUGCCUCAACGACGUUCUUUUGAAAGGUCCUGAUCUUCUAACCAAUCUCAUCGGCAUCCUUCUCCGAUUCCGACAGCAUGCAGUUCCGAUCGUCGCCGACGUGGAAAAGAUGUUCCAUCAAGUGCGAGUGAGACCUUCCGACGGGCCGGCUUUCCGCUUCAUCUGGCGUGACCCAGGUGAUACUAAGCCUCCGGAUAUCUACCAGAUGGACGUACAUCUCUUCGGUGCUGUCUCUUCACCGGCCGUCUGUGCCAACGCACUACAACAGGCCGUCAAAGACAGCAAAGAUGCGGAAUCGCUGCUACCCCAAAUCACUCGACAUUUCUACGUGGAUAAUUGGCUAGCGUCCUUUCCUUCAGCCGCCGAAGCUAUCUCGACUGCCCACCGUUUGACUGAAGCCCUGAAGGUUGGAGGUUUCCCAUUGACGCAGUGGGCCACUUCCAACGAAGCCGUAAGGAAGUCACUUCCAGGGAUUCAGCAGGAAGGAGCAUCCAUCAAUAUGGACUUGGACGCCGAUCCGAUCGAACGAACUCUCGGUUUAGUCUGGGAUUUCCGUCGCGACGUCUUCGUCCUAGGUGCAAAGGCGGAUCCUGGUGGAAGAACAAAACGAGAUCUUCUUAAGUCAAUUUUUAGCAUCUUCGACCCCCUCGGCUUCCUAGCGCCGAUAGUUUUCCAAGCGAAGGUCCUCAUGCAGGAUAUAUGGCGCCACAAAUUCGAUUGGGACGACGAGCUGAGCCAAGAUCUUAUUGACCGCUGGAUCCGCUGGGCAGAAACUUUGCCCUCACUCUCCGGACUCGUUUUAGAACGGUGCAUCGCUCCCAGCCGAGAAGACAUCGUAGCGACCGAACUACACGUUUUUGGAGACGCCUCAGAACUGGGCUUCGGCGCUGUCGCAUACAUCCGAUUUUUGUUCAGCGAUGGAUCAGCCAGUGUCCGGUUCAUCAUCUCGAAAGCUAGAGUCGCUCCGCUUAAAUUCCUGACAAUCCCACGUCUAGAACUUAAUGCUGCCGUUCUUGCCGCGCGUCUCGGCGCACAAGUGCGUACAGAGCUGGACAUCGUCUUCGACCAAAUUCUUUAUUGGACCGAUUCUACAACCGUCCUUAGCUGGAUCACAUCCCGUAAUUGCCGUUUCAACAAUUACGUCGGAAAUCGCGUUGGCGAAAUAUUCGAAAGUUCAACGCCCGCUCAAUGGAAUUACGUCCCAAGCGCCAGCAAUCCUGCCGAUGACGCCAGCCGUGGUUUGGAUCCUUCUGAGUUUACCGUUGACCAUCGUUGGUUCUCCGGUCCGCCGUUUCUUCAAGGCCUCCACGAAUGGCCGAAACUCAAGGUUCUUCCGCCGGUGGAAGCAAGCGACCCAGAGAUCCGCGAAACGUCCUGGGUCGGGCUUGUACAAAGAGAAAGCGACGCAAUCGAUCUUCUCAUCGAACGGAAAUCCCGGCCUUUGAUCAUCUUCAACACCGUCGCCUAUAUUUAUCGCUUCAUCCGGAACGCCCGUCAAAAGGACCGCAACCAGCGUUCAAUAGGCCAACUCUCGGUCGAAGAAAUUGAAGUUGGAAAGGCGUUCAUUCUCCGCCGGAUGCAAUCUAACGCGUUUCAACAGGAGGUGAACGACUUACGGGCCGGCCACCAAAUCGAAGAGAUUUCCAAGAUCGUCAAGUUGACUCCUUACUUCGACCACCACGGCCUCAUGUGUGUUGGCGGGCGACUUGAAAAGGCGCCUCUCCCGAUCGACGUCCGCCACCCAAUCAUUCUGCCUCGUUCCGAGCGGAUGACUGAGCUAAUUCUCUUCAAACUCCACCGUGAUCGCGGCCAUCUAUCGGCUAGCCAGCUUCAUCACGAGGCGCGUCAGCAAUACUGGAUUCCGAAGGGCCGAAUCGCGGCCCAACGAGCUUACCACCAGUGUCACCGUUGCAGAAGGAUAAACGCGAAAGCAAGGAAUCCAUUCAUGGCUGCUCUACCCGCUUCCCGGUUAAAAAUUGGCUAUCCCGCGUUCACCCACACCGGUGUAGAUUACUUCGGCCCCAUCGAGGUGUUAAUUUUCCGUCGUACCAUCAAACGUUGGGGUGUUCUCUUUACAUGCCAGACUUCAAGAUGCGUCCACCUCGAAAUGGCUUAUUCAAUGGAUACAAGUUCCUUCAUCGCUGCACUCGAACGCUUCCAGAAUCGUCGCGGCGUCCCAGCGUCUUAUCACAGCGACAACGGGACUAACUUCGUCGGAGCGCAACGAGAGCUGGCCGAAUGCCUCCAGAACUUGAACCAACAUGCCAUCCAGCGGCACCUGAGUCGUCAGCCGUCAAAAUGGGUUUUCAAUCCUCCAGCUGCUCCACAUUUCGGGGGUAGUUGGGAACGGAUGGUUCGUGCCGCCAAGAUCGCGUUGCAAGCAGUACUAGGAAAUCAACGCCUCACCGACGAGAUCCUGUUAACCGCCCUCACGCUCGUCGAGAACAUCCUCAAUAGUCGCAAGUUGACCCCAAUGAGCGAGGACGCGACCGAUCCCGAAUGUUUGACCCCAAACCAUCUACUGCUGGGCCGUGCAACUCCAAAUCUUCCGCCUGACGUCUUCACCAAGGAUGAUUUGAACGCCAAGCAGAGAUGGCGAAUCUCGCAGGCUGUUGCGGAUCAAUUCUGGCAUCGUUGGAUGAAGGAGGUUCUACCGAGCCUCACCGAGCGCGAGAAAUGGUACCGAGAAGGCCCAAAUCUCGAAGUAGGAGACAUCGUCGUCAUCAUCGAUCCAGCUACGCCUCGUGGAUCGUGGCCGACUGGAAGGAUCCUGCAAACAUUCCCUGGCGAUGACGGAGUGGUCCGCUCCGCGACCGUCCAGACGAAGGGGACUGAACGCCAUCGACCAGCUCACCACUUGUUUCCCCUGGAAUCCGUCCGGAUCCGAGAGGGUGCUCUUCGUAUGACGAAGCGCAGGGCCGGCGAUGUUGGCGUUCCUGAGCCCGCCAAGAGCGUGCGUUUUAAUUUGGACCUGGCAACGCAGCGCGAGGGGUAAGGGACUCGGAGACGAAGGGCGGAGCUUACCACCACGCGAGCACUUGGAAUCCAUUCGUCGCGAGACCCACAUCUCCGCUCCGUAAUUUUCCUUUUUUGCUUGGCUUCACCAGCACUUACAGUUUUUCGUGCGUACUUAAACUAAUCUAAAUUGUGUGUGUAAAUUGUGUGUUUGUGUAUCCCGAAUUGUGUGAGCCCACGACGGCAUCUCCUUUCUGGAUUGUACCUUUUUGUGUGUUGAGACGCGUGGUCUGGCAGCCAUUGUGUCUCGUCUCGUCUCGUUUUUUCCUGUUCGUGCCGUGUGUUUCAUGUCCAGUGGAAGGCAACCAGUGGACACGUUGAAAUAUACAUCGGUUUAAUCUUC